AUUCCACCUGAGAACACUGUUUGUCGGACGCUGCAGCUGAUUGAGUGUCAAAAUGCGAUUAAAACUUGCAUUGUUUCUAGCGUUCAUUGUUUUUAAUGGAAUUCAAGCCGACUGCGGUUGCAAUAAGCUGAAAAGGGGAUCCGAAAACCUCGAAAGGAGUGAAAGUGUCCAGUAUAAUGUAAAAUCACCAAGCGAAAAUCAAUGGCCCGACGAAACUCCGAUUUCCGGGAUGUCACUAAUUCCUGGCGGCAAAUAUACGAUUGGAACCUCAGAACCAAUAUUCCACGCCGACCAGGAGUCUCCAGAAAAGAUAGUUGAAAUCGGCGACUUCUACUUGGAUAAGCAUGAAGUGUCCAACGAUAAUUUUCGAGAAUUUGUAGAUGCCACCGGCUAUAUCACCGAAGCUGAGCGAUUUAACGACAGUUUUGUGUUUGGUGAGUUCCUUUCAGAGUCAGUUCGAGAAGAAUUCCAUGAUUACCGGGUUGUGCAGGCGCCAUGGUGGUAUAAGGUGACCGGAGUGAAUUGGCGUCAUCCACAAGGCCCGGAUUCUAGCUUAGAAGGGAUCGGUAAUCAUCCAGUUGUUCAUGUAUCAUGGAAUGACGCUAUGCGAUACUGUGCCUGGCAGGAUAAACGCCUGCCAACAGAAGCUGAGUGGGAAGCUGCUUGCCGUGGCGGUAAAAAGCGGAAGCUGUUUCCCUGGGGUAACAAGUUACUUCCCCGGGAUGAGCAUUGGAUGAAUAUAUGGCAAGGAGAGUUUCCUAAUGUGAACACCAAAGAAGAUGGGUAUGAAAGUACUUGUCCUGUCGAUAAGUUCCGGCAAAACGGGUUCGACUUGUAUAAUAUAGUUGGUAAUGUGUGGGAAUGGACAGCUGAUCUGUGGAACAAGGAGAACCCUUUAUCAGACAAAGAAAAUCCUAAUCCUGAACGAGUUAAAAAAGGUGGUUCCUACAUGUGUCACCAAUCCUAUUGCUACCGAUAUCGUUGUGCCGCGAGAUCACAAAAUACACAAGACAGCUCCGCUGGAAAUUUGGGAUUUCGGUGUGCUAGAAGCGUUGAUUGAGAAUUAAAUAAUUUUAGACUAAAGUUUUUGCUAAGAAUAAAGCAUGUUAUUUAUUUCAUA